CUGAUGGUUUUGCAGCAAUACCCCCCACCAGCAGAGGGUGCUGAAGGCCCGGACACAGAGGAGCAGUAUGAUGACCACAGGCAGGGAAUCUAUGGCUGGAGGAAGUGCUGCCUCUACCUGCUGGUGCUUCUCCUGCUCUCCACCCUGCUGGUCAACAUUGCCCUGACCAUCUGGAUCCUCAGGGUCACCUGUCUCAACACAGUGAGUGCAUCUCAGUAGUAUUUUCUUGAUUCCUCUCUUCUCACCUCCUAUGAGGUUCCCUCUGACAUUUUGAGGAGGUGGCCAGGAAAGAGGAUGCAUGGAAUGGAAGUUAAAUACUUUUGAGAUUCACACAGAGUACAUGCUCUGUAUAGUUUGCACAGUUCAGUAUUUAUCAGUGACAGUUGCUUAUUACUGGACAUCCUGGAUGAUAUAGCCUAUCUUGAAAUAGGUUUUAUCUAUAAUGAAACAGGGACCUAAUUUGUACACCUUUGUCUAAUUAAAGACCAUUGAGGCAUGUCGGCAGUCUCACAAAACACUUCAGAGGUACGAUAACAUAACUUUAACUCUUCUGGAGGAGAAUAUCAGCAUAGUACAAGAGAAAGAAUGAGCAAACAGAGUUUGUAUAAAAGUUUGUAUUAAAAGUUGAUUUCCUCCUGACUGUUUCAGGAAGGAAUGGGGCAGCUGAGAAUAACAUCAGAUCGGGUGAGGCUUGAUGGAGUGUCCGAGUUCCUCUUCUCUCUCUACGCCCAAGAAAUACACUCCAAACAGGUAAACUAAUUCAAGUUGUUUACAUCGAACAUGUACAUGUCCUCCUGUUUCCCUCAAUGUUCUGAUCAGAGCCCUAUACUACUUAUGUGGUUUGAGGAGUUAGCAAGGUACAUUUAGUCAACUCUGAGUUCAACUCGGGAUUACCGGUACCAUGAAAGUGGCUUACUUUUUAGCCAGGUACAUUUCUGUGGCAAACAAAUCUUUCAGAACUAACCUUCUCCUGGACAGGCUAACUCCACUUAUCCUGAAUUAAGUGUCUGAGCCUUGAGUUGAGGACCAAUUAAAUCAUAUUCCCUACCUCUUGCAAAGAUUGCAUCAUCAUCCCUUUCACCAUGGAUUAAAUAUUUUAUUAAUCAAAUGUUUUUGGUGUAAAAAAGAUAGUAACAUUAAAAUACUUAUCACAUUGAAACUUCAUCCACAGUAAAACUUUUGUACGACUUUUUAUUAAAUUAUUUUAUUGAAAGGAGUCGGAUUGGCAAGAUAACCUUUAUUUCAUUUUUGAUUUCGCCACAAAUAAAAAUGUGGCGCUGACUCGUGCAUGGAUAGAUGUUUCAGCAUUGUCUCAAUUAAGAAUUUGGCAUUCGACUAGCUAGUAAAAGCCAAUUUUUGCUUGAUCCGAAAAUAUGGUCGGAGGCGCCGUAUGGACGGUGUGAUGCAAUUUUGGAGCCUUCAGAAGCAUGCAGAGGCCAAAUUGAGCUCCGUACUGCAUCGCCAUGCGCCGGCCAAAUUUUGUAACAAUGCGGAGGGCUCCGUAUAGCUCCGCAUUGACAUGAUUGGUUGACAGUAGGUGGGACUGGAGGUCAUGUAUAAACACAAACUCACUUCCUUGACAACUUCCUUCACAACAGCUCUGCGCUGCUCCGCAAAGAUUAAGAAGUAUGAAUGCCCAGCCUUCUGCUGAGGCCGUAUCACCUUAAAUGAAUGAAGCCUGAGCUGGAAUGUGAAGCUAACUGAAGCUGGCUAGCUUUAGAAAACCCUGAGUAGAUUUAGUUUUCAUUGUAGUAUACCCCUCUCAUCAGAGUGACACUACACUCAAACACUGUUCUCUUGCUUCACAGGACACCUCCCUUCUUAUCCACUCUGAGUCCCAGAAUGUCACGCUCCAAGCCUGCAAUGGGAAAGGAGUUGUGUUAGGUAGCCUUACCCUGGGUAAGAGUCCAUCUUUGUUAGCUACAUCUUUAUUAAGAAUUUGAUGUAAAUUAUAUAGGGCUAUUAUGACUCAAAAGGUGCUUCCAAGGAAUCAAAUCCAGAACAAGUAUUUUUAAAUUACACUUUUGAUGUUUAAUAAAUGACUGUGUACUGAACUCAUGCUGAUGUAUCUAUUAGCUUCUCUGUGGCACUGAUAAGAUGCAGACCUACUGGACUUCUAAAUGGAUUUAUAAGAAAUGGCGAUAUCAACAAAAGCUAGAGGCAACUCUGAAUAAUCAGAAAGGAUGGCUUUAAUGUAAUCAAAAUGCCAUGGAUGGGAUGCCUCCACAUGAGCCCUGAAAUAUAUUAUUCUCAGUUUAUGGGCUCACAUUUUUAUAUACAGUACCAGUCAAAAGUUUGGACACACCUACUCAUUCCAGGGUUUUUCUUUAAUUUUACUAUUUUCUACAUUGUAGAAUAAUAGUGAAGACAUCAAUGAAAUAAAAAAUAUUAAAUAACACAUAUGGAAUCAUGUAGUAACCAAAAAAGUGCUAAAAAAUCAAAAUAUAUUUUAUAUUUGAUUUUCUUCAAAUAGCCACCCUUUGCCUUGAUGACAGCUUUACACACUCUUGGCAUUCUCUCAACCAGCUUCAUGAGGUAGUCACCUGGAAUGCAUUUCAAUUAACAGGUGUGCCUUCUUAAAAGUUAAUUUGUGUAAUUUCUUUCCUUCUUAAUGCGUUUGAGCCAAUCAGUUGUGUUGUGACAAGGUAUACAGAAGAUAGCCCUAUUUGGUAAAAGACCAAGUCCAUAUUAUGGCAAGAACAGCUCAAAUAAGCAAAGAGAAACGACAGUCCAUCAUUACUUUAAGACAUGAAGGUCAGUCAAUACGGACAAUUUCAAGAACUUUGAAAGUUUCUUCAAGUGCAGACGCAAAAACCAUCAAGCGCUAUGAUGAAACUGGCUCUCAUGAGGUCCGCCACAGGAAAGGAAGACCCAGAGUUACCUCUGCUGCAGAGGAUAAGUUCAUUAGAGUUACCAGCCUCAGAAAUUGCAGCCCAAAUAAAUGCUUCACAGAGUUCAAGUAACAGACACAUCUCAACAUCAACUGUUCAGAGGAGACUGCGUGAAUCAGGCCUUCAUGGUUGAAUUGCUGCAAAGAAACCACUGCUAAAGGACACCAAUAAGAAGAAGAGACUUGCUUGGGCCAAGAAACACGAGCAAUGGACAUUAGACCGGUGGAAAUCUGUCCUUUGGUCUGAUGAGUCCAAAUUUGAGAUUUUUGGUUCCAACUGCCGUGUCUUUGUGAGACGCAGAGUAGGUGAAUGGAUGAUCUCCGCAUGUGUGGUUCCCACCGGGAUGCAUGGAGGAAGAGUUGUGAUGGUUUGGGGGUGUUUUGCUGGUGAUACUGCUGUGAUUUAUUUAGAAUUCAAGGCACACUUAACCAGCAUGGCUACCACAGUAUUCUGCAGCGAUAUGCCAUCCCAUCUGGUUUGCGCUUAGUGGGACAAUCAUUUGUUUUUCAACAGGACAAUGACCCAACACACCUCCAGGCUGUGUAAGGGCUAUUUGACCAAGAAGGAGAGUGAUGGAGUGCUGCAUCAGAUGACUUGGCCUCCACAGUCACCCUACCUCAACCCAAUGGACAUGGUUUGGGAUGAGUUGGACCGCAGAGUGAAGGAAAAGCAGCCAACAAGUACUCAGCAUAUGUGGGAACUCCUUCAAGACUGUUGGAAAAGCAUUCCAGGUGAAGCUGGUUGAGAGAAUGCCAAACGUGUGCAAAGCUGUCAUCAAGGCAAAGGGUGGCUACUUUGAAGAAAAUCAAAUAUAAAAUAUAUUUUGAUUUGUUUAACACUUUUUUGGUUACUACAUGAUUCCAUAUGUGUUAUUUCAUAGUUUUGAUGUCUUCACUAUUAUCCUACAAUGUAGAAUAUAGUAAAAAUAAAGAAAAAUACUUGAAUCAGUAGGUGUGUCCAAACUUUUGACUGGUACUGUACAUGUAAAAAAAAAAAGAAUAUAAAUAUAUAUAUACACUACCGUUCAAAAGUUUGGGGUCACUUAGAAAUGUCCUUGUUUUUGAAAGAAAAGCAAUUUUUUUGUCCAUUAAAAUAACAUCAAAUUGAUCAGAAAUACAGUGUAGACAUUGUCAAUGGCUAUUGUAGCUGGAAACGGCUGAUUUUUUAUGGAAUAUCUACAUAGGCGUACAGAGGCCCAUGAUCAGCAACCAUCAGUCCUGUGUUUCACUGGCACGUUGUGUUUGCUAAUCCAAGUUUAUCAUUUAAAAAGGCUAAUUGAUCAUUAGAAAACCCUUUUGCAAUUAUGUUAGCACAGCUGAAAACUGUUGUGCUGAUUAAAGAAGCAGUUCUUUAGACUAGUUGAGUAUCUGGAGCAUCAGCAAUUGUGGGUUCGAUUACAGAAUCAAAAUGGCCAGAAACAAAUAACUUUCUUCUGAAACUCGUCAGUCUAUUCUUGUUCUGAGAAAUGAAGGCUAUUCCAUGCGAGAAAUUACCAAGAAACUGAAGAUCUCGUACAACGCUGUGUACUACUCCCUUCACAGAACAGCACAAACUGGCUCUAACCAGAAUAGAAAGAGGAGUGGGAGGCCCCAGUGCACAACUGAGCAAGAGGACAAAUACAUUAGAGUGUCUAGUUUGAGAAACAUACGCCUCACAGGUCCUCAACUGGCAGCUUCAUUAAAUAGUACCCGCAAAACAUCAGUCUCAACGUCAAUAGUGAAGAGGCGACUCCGGGAUGCUGACCUUCUAGGCAGAGUUGCAAAGAAAAAGCCAUAUCUCAGACUGGCCAAUCAAAAUAAAAGAUUAAGAUGGGCAAAAGAACACAGAUACUGGACAGAGGAAGAUUGGAAAAAAGUAAAGGCUCGCAGUCAGCGUUCCAAUUCAUACCAAAGGUGUUUGAUGGGGUUGAGGUCAGGGCUCUGUGCAGGCCAGUCAAGUUCUACCACACCGAGCUCGACAAACCUUUCUGUAUCGCUUUGUUUACGGGGGCAUUGUCAUGCUGAAACAAGAAAGGGCCUUCUGCAAACUGUUGCCACAAAGAUGGAAGCACAGAAUCGUCUAGACUGUAAUUUUAUGCUGUAGCGUUAAGAUUUCCCUUCACUGGAACUAAGGGGCCUUGCCCGAACCAUGAAAAACAGCCCCAGACCAUUAUUCUUCAUCCACCAAACUUUACAGUUGGCACUAUGCAUUCGGGCAGGCAUCCGCCAAACCCAGAUUCGUCUGUCGGACUGCCAGAUAGUGAAGCGUGAUUAAUCACUCCAGAGAACGCAUUUCCACUGCUCCAGAGUCCAAUGGUGGCACGCUUUAUACCACUCCAGGCAACGCUUGGCAUUGCGUAUGGUUAUCUUAGGCUUGUGUGCGGCUGCUCGGCCAUGGAAACCUAUUUCAUGAAGCUCCCGACGAACAGUUCUUGUGCUGACGUUGCUUCCAGAGGCAGUUUGGAACUUGGUAGUGAGUGUUGCAACCGAGGACAGACGAUUUUUACGUGCUACGUGCUUCAGCACUCAGCGGUCCCGUUCUGUGAGCUUGUGUGGCCUACCACUUCGCGGUUGAGCUGUUGUUGCUCCUAGACCGUUCCACUUCACAAUAACAGCACUUACAGUUGACCGGGGCAGCUCUAGCAGGGCAGAAAUUUGACUAACUGACUUGUUGGAAAGGUGGCAUCCUAUGACGGUGCCACGUUGAAACAAUGGCAGUAGAAUGGCCUUACUGAAGAGCUCAGUGACUCUAAGCUCUUCAGUAAGGCCAUUCUACUGCCAAUGUUUCUCUAUGGAGAUUGCAUGGCUGUGUGCUCAAUUUUAUACACCUGUCAGCAACGGGUGUGGCUGACAUUCCUGAAUCCACUCAUUUGAAGGGAUGUCCACAUACUUUUGUAUAUAUAGUGUAUCUCUCAGUUAUAGGACAGACACUUCAGAACAAACUUCCUUUACAUUUUUUGGGGGGUACUAUCUGUUGGUCCAUGUAGUGGAUAUUUUAUUUAAUAUGUUUUUUAUAGGCUAAUAGCAGUGAUUUUUCAUAAAAUAUUAUUUUAAAUAUAUUUUGGAGAUACUUCAAGGGGUCUUAAUUCUAAAUGAAAUAGAAAAAUUAUCCUUGGUAUGACCUUCUUAAAACAAUUCCAUAUAGCUUAGAAGAACCCUCCUCCCCCAGCUUAGACAGGGCUUAGACUGUUAUGGGUUAUAAUAUAAUGAGGGUGAGAGCAGAUGUCAAUAUUCAUUAUCUCCCAACUUAAUGUAUUCAUGCUCAAUGCUCUUUAAAAUGGCUGUGUCCUCUCCAUGUACUAUAUGCCUCACUUGUAUGAGUGAAAUACGUUUUUCGGUAAUGACCCUCAUUAGGCAACUCAAUAGAUUUCCAUUUAUGAAGCACCUUUCAUUUCAGAAUCAUUAAGUGUUUUUAAAUAUUGGGGUUAACUCACAUCUCCCACUACCUACUGUAUGUGUAUGUGGGAAAUAGAAAAUAGCUGUUCUGCUGCAUCAAAACACUCUCCACACAGUUAUUGCUGUGUGGGUAGAUGUGUAGGUAACAUUUGAACUCAACCCACUGUGUGCAUCCAAUCACUUAAGUGUAAAUGUCUACUGUGUUUUAAUCGCUUUGGUAAUAUAAUUUUUUAUUUAGGUCCACAGUCCAUGGAAAGUGUAGGACAACAUUUUGAGGUAAUGACGAGCACUGGGAAAUUGCUAUUUUCUGCUGGUACAGAACAGGUAGUUGUUGGAGCGGAAAAGCUAACCAUUACAGGUAUGUGGACAUUUCACACUAUUCAGAGAGACAGUCCAACUUUGUUGAAUCAUGAAACAUCCUAUGCUAGUUUUGUCUGAUGUAACUGUCAGGGAUAUGGUAAUACAUACAGUAUCUGCAUACUGAUUCACAUGAUGUCACUAUAAGAACAGAAUCUAAACUGGGCAGUGCUCCUACAUUCUACAGGGUCUGAUGGUGCACAGUGUGAACAUUCCAUAGAGACAUCCCUGGUCAGGGCAGAGCCUUCCAAGGACUUGAGGUAACUUUGACACCUAAUGGCAGUUUUUAUCUGAUCAUAGGGGAGAGAGGCCUUUGCUUUUCUUGUAUUGUUAAAAUAGAUUUUUGAUCAUUUUGUCUCCAUUUUUUGUGACAGAUAUAAUCCCACCUUGGGUAAACAACACAAUGAUUAAACAGAAUUAGUCGUUUUACAGUUACCGUAUGUAUCACACAACAGGGCAACAUUUCCCAGACAUCUUCUCGCCUCAAUAUAAAUGUCCCAUCAACAGCAGCGUCCGCAUUGGUGGAGUGAAAGCUGCAGCACAGAUGAAACAGGCACAACAGUCCCAUGCUCUGGGGUUCUGAGCAGUGUGUUUCCUGUGCCAUUGUUAUCUCUCCCUCCAGCUUGGUUCCCCCAGUGUGUGGCCCUCAGAAUGCACAGCGCUCUGCUCACUCUCUCUCCCUCAGCAUACAAAGUGUCCUACCUUAAUGAAUCCUAAUCCUAAUGCCACACACUACAUGUACUGCCAGUGGGUGAGAGUAGAGACCUCCUCUUCUCUUGUGUACAUGAGUGGGCAGACCUAUAAGUGGGGACUUAUGUAUUCAGGGGCUUUACUGUCAAUGUAAAGAGAUGCUUUUGUGGAAAUAAGCUAAUCUAAUUUACAUAUUUAAUUAAGAUAAGCGGUAUCAAAUAGGUAGUAUGCUAAUUUCUGAUUUGGAUGGAUCCAGGGGUCUCAUAGCAACAGCUUGGAGAUGAUGUGCAUAAAUAUCCAUCAUUGGCUCAUAUUGCUUGGUGAAAACCCACAGUGGAUUUGUCCACAGUUCUUUCAGCCUCUGCCGAUUUCCAACAAAUGAAACUCAAAUAUGUUCUGAAUUCGAAUUGAUAACAUGACUAAAUUAAUUUAGUCAUGUUAUCAUGCAGUGCUUGAGGCGUCACUACAGACCCGGGUUCGAUUCCGGGCAGUGUCGCAGCCGGCCGCGACCGGGAGACCGAUGAGGCGACGCACAAUUGACCCAGCGUCGUCCGGAGCAGUGUGUCAAGAAGCAGUGCGUCUUAGCGAGAUCGUGUUUCGGAGGACGUAUGGCUCUCGACCUUCGCCUCUCCGGAGUCCGUACGGGAGUUGCAGCGAUGGGACAAGACUGUAACUACCAAUUGGAUUUCACGAAAUUCAGGAGAAAAAGUGCUAAAAAGUAAUAAAUAAAUAAAAGUGCUUAACUGGUAAUGUAUGGAUUUGCUGCUACCUAUAGGCUUAUCGUUGUAAAUGCAAAUAAUUAAUGUCCGAUUCAACCUUCUAAGUGUAAAGUAUAUGUACCACUUGUGUCCAUUCUCUUAUUAUCCAAUAUUCUUUACUGUAUACUCUGUCUUUCUGUGGGGUCAGGCUAGAAGCCCCCACCCGUUCCCUCCACCUGGAUGCUCCAAAGGGAGUCCACAUCAAGGCAGUGUCCGGAAGCGGCCAGGCCGUGUCCAGCAUGGACAUCUCUCUACUCUCUAUGGACGGAGUGGUAAGAAGAGGCUGGGGGUAGCACGACUAAAUCUAGGAUAGCACACAUGGCAACACUUUUUACUUCAGUAUCUUGAUUACAAUACUUAAUACACUGUUUACGAAUGAAUUUGCAUUGGAAUAAGGACACUGUAAUGCAAAGUGUUUCCAAAUAUAUUUCUUAUUGUUAACUAAAACUAAACAACUGUCUUCUUUUAUUUCAUAUGCUCAAACAAAUAAUGAGUAGAGCAUCAUAUUAUUUUCCCCUCUUUCUGCAGUUGAUUCUGGAUGCUGAGAGGGUGCAGCUGCCCAGGUUACCUCUGAGUGGAGAGGGAGAGAGAGGAAGUCCUGGGGAGCAGCUGUAUGAAGUGUGUGUGUGUCCUGAUGGAAGACUGUACCUGUCCAAAGCUGGUCACACCUCCACCUGCCAUGACAACAGUCACAAUUGUUAAAAGACCACACUCCAUUAUCUUGAGAUUAAUAUUUCCCUGGGAUCGUCUUUAUACAUACAGGACAUCAUCAUAGAUAUACAAUCAGUCUUGUCUUGCCUGAAAGUUAUUCUAAGUGCAUUUUAGAAAAAUUAGAAAGUUCAGAAAACGUUUUAAUAAAUAAACAUUUGUAUAUUUCAAUCGUUUUUUCCCAGCGUCAUAACUGUGUUACCCGUUGUCUGGGAAUAGU